AUGAAUGCCAUACAGAAAAUCAAUAAAAUCAACCAGAAGGAGCUAGAAAAUAACGUCAGCGAUUCUGCUUCUUGGCAUGCCGAUUAUAAAGAUACUUCAUACAUCUAUAUUGGAUUCUUACCAUUCGAUCUAAAUGAGAUGGACAUAGUCAAAAUAUUUUCCCAGUAUGGUAUACCAACACAUAUUAAUUUAAUCAAAGACAAAGAAACAGGAAAAUCUCGAGGCUUUUGCUAUUUAAAGUAUGAAGAUUAUAAAUCGUGCGUUCUCGCAAUAGACAACUUCAAUGGUACACAAUUACGAGAUAAAAAGAUCAAGGUCGAUCACGUAUACUAUUAUUUGAAAGACGGUCAAGAUGAGAGAGAUUUUAUUAUUGAUUACAGUGAAGCUGAAAGAGAAUUGAAGGAAAUUGAAGAUGAUUCCAAGAAUAAGGAGACCAAAUUGAUCAAGGGCAAAAGUGCACCUGGUGAUCCUAUGACGAAAUAUGUAAAAAGCCAAGAUGAUCACGGUGAAUUUGAUGACCCAAUGGCCAACUACCUAGCAAAUAAAGGAGACGAGAAUGACGAAUUUAUGAAUCCAAUGGCGAGCUAUAUUGGCAAUAAAGAUGAUAAGCAUAAAAGUAGUCGUCAUAAACAUAGGCACAGACAUAGAAGCGAAAGAAGCAGGGAUAGAAGUUCAAGAGAGAAAGGUUCAAGGGAUAAAAGUCCAUCUAGACGAAGUCAUAGAGAAAAAAGUCCAUCAAGUCAUAGGCAUAGAGACAGGAUCCUGGCAGAUGACAAGGAAAUACAGAGAAUUCGAUAA